AUGCAGCUGACGGCGUUUGUGGACCGCGUGGGCGCAGCCAUUGGCGCGCGCGACGGCCCAUCGCUAGCGCAGAUGCUGAGCCUGACAAAGGGCUGCGCGACGGUCGACAUGCAGUCGCUCACGGUGCAGUCGGUGGCUCAGACGUGCCAGCACCAGUUGGCUCGCUUUGCCGCGUACGCAGAAGUGGUGGCGGGGAUCCUGCAGGCGCGCAAGCAUCUGGACGCACAGCGGUUUGCCGACGCUUACGAUGCGCAGAUUGCAGCUGUCACUAAGUUUAUGGAAAUGUUUAGGGAGGAGACGAAUUGGGUCAUACCGUUUGUGCACGUGCUGUUUGUGGACACGCGGCUAUUGGCUGCAAGGGCAGAUGUCCAGGCCUCGAAAAAGGCGGGGAGCGACGUCCAUGACAGUCUGCGCAGCGCCGAGCAGCAUUUGAAAAAAGGGUUUGCCAUGACGGCAAACGACCGAGCUCCGCCCGAGCACAACAAGAAGAUGGGCGCGCUGUUUAUUGUGAACCAGCUCUUUAAGAUCUACUUCAAGCUGAAUAUGAUUCACUUGUGUCGCAACCUCAUUCGAGCUGUCGAAGGACCGGCGUUUCCGCAGUUUGAGCUGUUCAACAAGAGCGACAAGGUCACGUACCAAUACUACGUGGGCCGCAUCUCCAUGUUUGAAGACCAAUACAAGAAAGCGGAGACGUGUCUCGACUAUGCGUGGAAGCACUGCCAUCGCGACAAGACGCGCAACAAGCGCAUGAUUCUGCAAUUCCUGGUGCCAGUGAAGUUGCUGCUGGGUGUGAUGCCGUCGCCGAAGCUUUUGUCGGAUUUCUCACUGGGCGAGUACACGGGUCUGACGAACGCCAUCCGUGGCGGCAACCUGCACCUUUUCACAAACUAUGUGAGUCAGUAUCAAGACAAGUUCAUUCGCCAGGGUGUGUAUUUAUUGAUCGAGAAACUCCGGCUCUUGGUGCUGCGAAACCUGUUCAAGAAAGUGUACCUGAUCCAGGAAAGCCAUCAGCUGCAGAUGCAAGACUUCCAGCUGGCACUGCAUGUUGCCACGGGGCACUCGAUGGACAUGAACGAGAUUGAAUGCGUGCUCACGAACCUCAUCUUCAAGGGCUACAUCAAGGGGUACAUGUCGCACACGAAGAAGAUCCUCGUGGUCAGCAAGACGCAGCCGUUUCCGCCGAUUGUAAGCGUGUCGAGUUGA